AUGAAGCCGCUGGAGAAAUUUCUGAAGAAGCAGACGUCGCAGCUGGCGGGGCGAACGAUGGCGGGAGGUCCCGGCGGGGGUCCGGGGAGCUGCGGCGGGCCUGGAGUGGGUGGGGGACCUGGCGGGGGCGGCGGUCUAGCCGGGGGACCGCGGCCGCUGCAGCGGCGUCAGAGCGUGUCUCGUCUGCUGCUCCCAGCUUUCCUCCGGGAGCCCCUCGCCGAGCCGGGUCUGGAGCCGCCGCCAGAGGAGGACGGAGGAGAGCCGGCGGGGGUCGCGGAGGAUCUCGGCAGCGGGGGGCCCUGUUGGCUGCAGCUGGAGGAGGUGCCGGGGCCCGGGCCUCUCGGGGGAGGGGGGCCCCUGCGCUCCCCUUCCUCAUACUCCUCAGACGAGCUGUCCCCGGGCGAGCCUCUGACUUCCCCACCCUGGGCCCCCCUGGGCGCCCCCGAGCGGCCGGAGCAUCUUCUGAACCGGGUUCUGGAGCGGCUGGCCGGAGGGGCCACCAGGGACAGCGCCGCCUCAGAUAUCCUGCUGGAUGACAUCGUCCUCACCCAUUCUCUCUUCCUUCCCACGGAGAAGUUUCUGCAGGAGCUACACCAGUACUUUGUUUGGGCAGGAGGCAUGGAGGGCCCUGAGGGGCUUGGCCGGAAGCAGGCCUGUCUAGCCAUGCUCCUUCAUUUCUUGGACACCUACCAGGGGCUGCUGCAGGAGGAAGAGGGGGCUGGCCGCAUCAUCAAGGAUCUGUACCUGCUGAUUAUGAAGGAUGAGUCCCUUUACCAGGACCUCCGAGAGGACACACUGAGGCUGCACCAGCUUGUGGAAACGGUGGAGCUAAAGAUCCCGGACGAGAGCCAGCUGCCCAGCAAGCAGGUGAAGCCACUCUUCCGCCACUUCCGUCGGAUAGACUCCUGUCUGCAGACCCGCGUGGCCUUCCGGGGUUCCGAUGAGAUCUUCUGCCGGGUCUAUAUGCCUGACCACUCCUACGUGACCAUACGCAGCCGCCUCUCAGCAUCUGUGCAGGACAUUCUGGGCUCUGUGACGGAGAAAUUGCAGUAUUCAGAGGAGCCUGCGGGGCGUGAGGAUUCCCUCAUCCUGGUAGCUGUGGCCUCCUCAGGAGAGAAGGUCCUUCUCCAGCCGACCGAAGACUGUGUCUUCACCACGCUGGGCAUCAACAGCCACCUGUUUGCCUGUACCCGAGACAGCUAUGAGGCCCUGGUGCCCCUCCCCGAGGAGAUCCAGGUCUCCCCUGGAGACACAGAGAUCCACCGAGGGGAGCCUGAGGAUGUCGCCAACAACCUUACUGCCUUCCACUGGGAGCUGUUCCGCUGUGUGCACGAGCUGGAGUUCGUGGACUACGUGUUCCACGGGGAGCGCGGCCGCCGGGAAACGGCCAACCUGGAGCUGCUGCUGCAGCGCUGCAGCGAGGUCACGCACUGGGUGGCCACCGAGGUGCUGCUCUGCGAGGCCCCGGGCAAGCGCGCGCAGCUGCUCAAGAAGUUCAUCAAGAUCGCGGCCAUCUGCAAGCAGAACCAGGACCUGCUGUCCUUCUUCGCCGUGGUCAUGGGGCUGGACAACGCCGCGGUCAGCCGCCUGAGGCUCACCUGGGAGAAGCUGCCAGGGAAAUUCAAGAACUUGUUCCGCAAAUUUGAGAACCUGACAGACCCCUGCAGGAACCACAAAAGCUACCGAGAAGUGAUCUCCAAGAUGAAACCCCCUGUGAUUCCUUUCGUGCCUCUGAUCCUCAAAGACCUGACUUUCCUGCACGAGGGGAGUAAGACCCUUGUAGAUGGUUUGGUGAACAUUGAGAAGCUGCAUUCAGUGGCCGAAAGAGUGAGGACCGUCCGCAAAUACCGGAGCCGGCCCCUUUGCCUUGAUAUGGAGGCCUCCCCGCAUCACCUGCAGACCAAGGCCUACGUGCGCCAGUUCCAGGUCAUCGACAACCAGAACCUCCUUUUCGAGCUCUCCUACAAGCUGGAGGCCAAUAGUCAGUGA